CACUUAGUCCAUGUGAGGGGAGGAACCUCUGCCCGGAACUUUGAUCACCGCUGGGGCUGCUGGGCUCACACUGACCAUAGACCACACCAGACACACUUCUGCUCCCUAGGAAGAGCCAGAGCUUCUGGGGAGCAUCCACUCAGCCCCUCACGGACAUGCUGCCCCGGGCCUGGCUGCGCUGGGCCUGCCUCCUGCUCCUGGCCCGGUGCGCCCGGCCCUGCCCUGCGGGCUGCGACUGCUUCGCACAGGAGCUCUUCUGCUCCGACGCCGGGCUGGCUGCCGUCCCGCCCGACAUCCCGCCGCUCGCCACCGACAUCGUCUUCGUGGAGACGUCGCUCAGCGCGCUCGGGUCCAGGGCCUUCAGCGGCAGCCCCAACCUGACCAAGGUGGUCUUCCUCAACGCCCCGCUCCAGCACCUCGGGCCGGACGCCUUCGGGGGGCUGCCCAGGCUGCAGGACCUUGAGGUCACGGGCGGAGCCUUCACCAACCUCAGCUCCGCCGCCUUCUCCAACCUGACCUCGCUGGGCAAGUUCACGUUCAACUUCAACCUGCUGGAGGCUCUGCCCGAGGGCCUCUUCGGCCACAUGGAAGCCCUGGAGUCUCUCCAGCUGCAGGGCAACCGGCUCCAGAGCCUGCCCAGGAGGCUCUUCCAGCCUCUGACGCGUCUGCAGAGCCUCAACCUGGCUCAGAACCUGCUGGCCCACUUGCCCGAGGGGCUGUUUGACCCCCUGGGCAGCCUGCAGACCCUGAGGCUGAGCGACAAUGCGCUCUCCGGCCUGCCCCCGGGCGUGUUCGGUGGCCUGCACAGCCUUCGGGAGCUCUUCCUGGACGGCAACUCCAUCUCGGAGCUGCCCCCGGGGGUGUUCUCCCGGCUCUUCCGGCUGGAGCAGCUGUGGCUGCAGCGCAAUGCUAUCGGGCACCUGCCCCUGUCGGUCUUCUCCUCCCUGGGCAACCUGACCUUCCUGAGCCUGCAGGGGAACGCGCUGCGGGUGCUGCCCGCCGGCCUCUUCGCCCCUACCCCUGGCCUGCUGGUCCUGUCUCUGUCCUACAACAAGCUGGAGGCUGUCAGCGAGGGCGCCUUUGCCAACCUGUCCAGCCUCAGUUCCCUGACGCUGUCACACAACGCCAUUACCCACCUCCCGGCCGGCGUCUUCAGAGGCCUUGAGGGGCUGGUUAAGCUCUACUUGGGCAGCAACAACCUGACAGCCCUGCACCCAACCCUCUUCCAGAACCUGUCCAAUCUGGAACUGCUCAGUCUGUCUAGGAACCUCCUGACCACACUCCCCACGGGCAUCUUCGACAGCAACUACAACCUGUUCAACCUGGCCCUGCACGGCAACCCCUGGCAAUGCGACUGCCACCUGGCCUACCUCUUUCAGUGGCUGUACCAGUACAGCGACCGGCUCUUCAACAUCCAGACCUACUGUGCGGGCCCCGCCUAUCUGAAGGGCCAGGUGUUGCCUGCCCUAAAGGAGGAGCAGCUGGUGUGUCCUGUCACUCGGGAUCACUUGGGCUUCCAGGCCCCGGGGCCGGGGCACGGGGACCCAGGGAGCAGCUGGGACCUGGGGGUGGAGGAAAGGGCUGUCUGGAGCCGGUGCACCUACAGCAACCCCGAGGGCACCGUGGUGCUUGCCUGUGACGAGGCCCGGUGUCGCUGGCUAAACAUCCAGCUGUCUCCCAGGCAGGGGUCGGGCCCCCCGGGGAUGACAUAUAAUGCCAGCCAGGGGUGGGACUUGAAGUCGAGCUGUGGCUCUGUGAGGGUCACCGUGGCUAUAGAGGCUCAGCCAGGGGGGCACUAGGCGCAGGGCAUACGGAGCUGAGGCCUGGAGGCGCUUCAGUUGUCGGCUUUCUGGUGCAUCUGCCUCAGUGGGCCUCAGCUCUCUGCACCAGUCCUCCUCUGGUUGGCAGGACACCACUCCCUAAGAGCCCAGCCACCCCUUCGGUCUCCCAGGCACCUCCUCCAUGCUGGUGCCCCCCAGGGGCCUGUUGUUCGGUCUCCCUGGGGAAUCUUGUGCAUGUAUGUCCCUGGGAUGGGAUGCGUGACAACCCACAUCUCCAUCUCAGGUUCAUGGGCGGGAUGCACGACAACCUGCAGCCCCGUGUCUGAUCAUUCAGCCACAAACCCGUGUGGAACAGACCUGCUCCCCGUUCCUCCUGGAUUCCCCUCCAGCAGGUCGCCAAGCCCAGGAGCCGGGUGUGGUCUCUGGUCUCUUCUCAGCCUUGAUCCUUAUUGGCCUACCGGUCAGCGAAUGCUUCUGAGCACCCCUCUGUCCAUUCCCCCUUCCGUUCCCAGCCCGAGGAGGCUCUUUGUCUCCCCAGACCGAAUCAUGUGCAGCUCCUGCCUGGUUCUCCUGCCUGCAGUGUGGACGGGUCGGGGGAAAUGCCGGGGUGAGGGAGGGAGAAGUGAAUCUGAUGUAUGGCAGGCCCUCCAGGAACUCACUCGUGGUCUGCCAGGAGAGGUCAGAGAAGGGUGCACGUGUCCUGGCUUCUGGGUGGGAGGACAGUGAAGCCAUCACCAGGGGCAGGGACAGGUUUGGGGGCACAUGUCCACAUCAGACAAGGAAGUGUCCCUCCUCCCUCAUGUCCAGUGAUGCUCUUUUAAAAAACAUGCUUCCCGAGGCUCAAAUCAGAAUCACCAUAAAUUCUAAGGGGAUGGAAGGUCGUUUAGCAGAUUUGCCGAAGGAACAGGCUCCCAGAUUCAUUGGGUUCAGCUCCCAGAAGCUUUGGGAUUCAAAUCCUCAUCGGUCCUCCACGGCUAGGGGACUGUGCUGCCUCAGGGAGGCCGAGGCCCGAUGUCUGAGACCUGAAGUCCUGUAACGCCAGCCGCGCUGUGCCGUCCUGCCCGGCCCGGGCCAGCUGCGUGAGGCCGCGGGCUUCCCUCUGCGGGGGAUGCGUCCUCUCCGGGGAGAGCACCGCCGCACCUGGCACCUCGGGGACUUCACGGCCUCCGUCCAGUGACCACCUGUCUGAACUACAGCUCACCGCCCACUCAGGCAUCUGCUGCCAGAGAUAAAGGAACAAGAUAAUCGAGUGACAUUUCUCUUAAUUAUAUUUUCCCCCAAACUCUAACUCUUUAUUAAAUUACAGUAUAAUUGUGCUGAGUGAUGUUGGGGAAAAGAGCUCUGGCCAACAGCCAGGGGCUGUGUCGUCUGAGCAAGCUGCUUCUUUUCCCUUUCAAGUUGGCUCGGUGAGACCAGAGUCACUGUGCUCUUUUGGGUAGGAUUGCCAGAUUUUUGCAAAUAAACAUAUACAUGUUGCAUGGAA